AUGGAAAAGCGGGCAUCGUGCGGCUACCUUCUACCAGAGUUGUGGCACAACCAACGAGCUCAGUGCUUUGUAGUGCUGGGCAAGGUGCGCCAACGCGUAAUCGGCUGGCUGCCGAUCAACGCAAGGAUAAGUAGACUGAGGAUCAAGGGCCGUUUCUUCAGCUACAGUAUCAUCAACGUGCAUUGCCCACACGAAGGAAGACCCGACGACGAAAAAGAAUCGAUCUACGCGCAGCUGGAGCAAGUGUAUGACAGCUGCCCACAAAGGGACGUGAAAAUUGUCAUCGGAGACAUGAAUGCUCAAGUAGGGCGAGAGAGGAUGUAUAGACCGGUGAUUGGGCCGAAUAGCCUGCAUGCCGUAUCAAAUGAUAACGGCCAACGAUGUGUGAACAUCGCAGCUUCUCGUGGUUUGGUAGUCCGAAGUGCUUUCUUCCUCCGUAAGGAUAUCCAUAAAGCUACUUGGAGAUCACCUGACCAACAAACAGAAAAUCAAAUCGACCGCGUACUAAUCGACGGAAAAUUCUUCUCCGACAUCAUCAAUGUUCGUACGUAUUGCAGUGCGAAUAUAGAUUCGGACCACUACCUAGUUGCAGUAUGCAUGCGCACAAAACUGUCAACAGUGUAUAACACGAGACGAAGUCGAACGCCGCGGACCAACACUGAGCAACUACGGGACACCGCUGUUGCCAUGGAAUACUCGCAGCAGCUGGAGGCAGCGCUACCAACGGAAGAGCAACUAGGCGCAGCUACUCUUGAAGAUGGCUGGAGGGAUAUUCGUACAGCCAUUGGUUGCACUGCUAUAGCGGCGCUAGGUACGACAGCCUCGAACCAAAGGAACGACUGGUUUGACGGCGAAUGCAAGCAGUUAGUUGAGGAGAAGAAUGCAGCCAGAGCGAAAAUGCUGCAGCACCGUACGGAGCUAACGUGGAACGAUACAGACAGGCUAUGUGCCACUAUGUGUCGAGAUUUGGAGGGUAAUCUUCUCACUAACGAGUGUGAGGUGGUUGAAAGGUGGAAACAACAUUAUGACGAACAUCUUAACGGCGAUGCAGUAGUGGAUGGAAGCGGUACGACGAUAGAUUUAGGAGCACGUGCAGUCGAUGACCGUUUUCCGGCCCCUGAUCUCCAAGAAGUAGAGAAAGAGAUUAGACGGCUGAAAAACAAUAAAGCCGCUGGUAUCGACAAUUUACCGAGCGAGCUACUAAAAUACGGCGGCGAUGCACUAGUUAGAGCUCUGCACUGGGUAAUCGUCAAGAUUUGGUAG